AUGAAUGCCAACGACAUGUGCGGCGAGGCUAUCCCGGCUCGGCGACGCCAGGCUGCCUCCUAUGGUGUGACUUCCAGCAACUCCGAGCAAAGCACGCUCGCUUCCCCGCAUCUCACGCCGUCGCAACGCUUCGAACGUGACUACGCGCGCCGCAGUCCACCAACGCGCUCCGUUUCCGAGCCUCUGCUGAAGCAUGGCCAGCCCCACCCAGCUCGUGUGGGCGACCAAGUCGCGAAGAUGUUAUGGGAUAUAAUCGUAUCGGUGGGACAGUGGGCUGCACGGCUUGUUGCAUGUGUAGGCCGCAUUGGAGAGCGAAUCGAGGACUGGGAAGACCGAGUGGAAGUGCGGCGACAGCGGUUCCAAGACUACGUGGAGGACUGCGAGGCGUGGCUCGUGGAGGGCGUCAUGCAGUGGUGGGCGGGGGAGAGGCCAGACACCGAGGUUGCAGCAGGAUGGUGUGAGCUAUGUUCUGGGGAGACUGCAGAGAUUGUCGCCAGGGACAGGCAGUAUCUCAAGGGCAACAGUCGCCAUGGCUGAUGCGUGGCGCGCGGAGGCCAACAAAUGGCUCGGAUAGCGGCGGGCAGGAGAUUUGCCAUGAACUUUUCAUUGGUUGCGCAGCUGUCUGGAUUAACAUCAUGGGCGAUGGUGACGUUGUGGCGACCAUCCGGGUAGUGUUGUGCGGUGGGAUGGUUGAUGUUGGC